UAGAGAAUUCCUUACAGGCACCUACAUCAUCUAUAUAUGCAUUCAUUCCAGUGCAUUAGUAUGCAGAACACUCAUUAGUUAAGGUGAGGUCCAGUCCACUGUAAAAUAGAGAAGUUUCUUAUUAUUAUUUCUGCAAUGGAAAGCUAUGAAGGACAGAGUAAGAGUUCCAUGGUUGACAACAUUGGGAAUGAAAGAGGGAGGAAGAGUUUCAUGCCUGACAGCGCUGAAAAUGAAGAAGGGAGUGCGAGUUUCAUGGCUGACAGACCAGAGAAGAAGUCUUGCACAAUUUGCUUAAGCUCGGGAACUUGUAUAUAUCAUUCCGCUGAACCGAACCAACAAUUUUCAGUCUAUUCAAGCGUGUGUGAAGAUGUGGGAAAAGAAAACCAGCAUCUGCAUAUUGAAGGGCAUCAAAUGGGAGCCACUUCUAAGCCCCUAGAUGUGGAGGAGGACGCUACUCCAGAGCAAUCCUUUUUUGGCUCUUCUGUAUGCUAUGGGGGACCUGAAGAGUAUUAUGCCAAUUUCAAUGGAAGAAAGAAAGAGACAGAUAGGAUUCAAAAUGAAGUAAGGAAACUGGAAGAGGCAGCUGAUCCAUCUAACCUUGAAUAUACAAUAAGGGGGAAUUGGUGGAAAGGUUCCCUCGACUACUAAAAUUAUUGAAGGACGAAGAUCAAUUUUCUUCCAUAAGUCACAGG